AUGAACUAUGAAGAGGUGCGUAAGUCAGCACGGUUUAAAAAAACAAAAGAGAUUUGUAAGACCGCAGUCCCUUCUCUAGCACACAGAUCCGACGAGGAACUAAAGAUCCUUCUUGUCGAAGGAAUUUUCCUUAACCAGGGCAAAACGUGGUUUUGUUUAAAUAAGAAUGGAGAACAUUGUGAAAUGAUAUCCGCACAAGAGUGUUUCUAUCCUAUUAUCCUUAAACCUCGAGUUACUGGAUUUUAUGCCAAGGAAAAAACAAGAUUUGAAAAGUACAUGAAUACAAAGGUUUGUUCUGAUUUCAAAAUACGUAUCAGAACACAGUAUUUGUCGCCACAGGUCACAUAUGCAAUAAACCUUGUGUUCUGUUUAUACGACUCUGAUUCUACCAAUUCACGUCUCAAUUACAUUCUGGCUGGGGAAACAGAAUCUUUGAGCUUGUACUUAGCAGAUACGAGAGGAGAUGGAUGGUUGACAGCUGAAUUGUAUCAGUUUACUAGCGACAAUAGAAAUGUUGAUCUUGAAAUUACGUUUAAAUGUUGGAAUGAGUUGUUAGUAGAAGGCAUUGAGUUUCAACCCGUGGAGAUAGUAAGCCAACAAAUUCUGGAACAUCAAGUAUUAGAGGAUAAGAGGGAGGUAUAUAUGCAGGAGGACAUGUCUCAUUUAGAUGCAUAUUGGAAAGAAAAAUUACCAAGUGAUUAUGAAAACAUAAUUAAGUGGUCUAAAGAUAAGUUGCAUUGGGAAACAAAGAAGGAACUAUAUUCUAUUCUUUACAAAGGGUUCCCUAUCCAGAUCGAAGGCGAAGAGGUAGAUUUGUUAUACCGGAUUCACUCCUAUCAUUUUGGUUUUCACUUGACAAAGACGGGAGCAAUGUCUUAUGAUACCAGCAACAGUGGCUUUGAAAAGAAAAAAGUGGAGUUGGCGCUCUUUACCCGAAUCAAGAUUUGA